AUGGAGCUGUUAAGCUACGUGUUGACCGCGUUUGUGUUUGUCGUCUCGAUUGCGUACCUGUACGUGCGCAGUCGUCAUAACUUUUGGCGAGACCGUGGAUUCCCGUACGCCCGCAGGAAGCCGCAUCUCCUGCAGGGUCAUAUGGAAAAUAGUUUCUCGACGACGCAUGCUUCAUACAUCAACCAAGAGCUGUAUCGAGAUUUCAAGCAACGUGGCGAAGUGAUCGGCGGGAUGAGUUUCUUCAUAAUUCCGGCACUGAUUGCGGUAGAUCCGGAGGUUGUGAAGGCAAUUCUGGUGAAGGACUUCAACGUGUUCCACGACCGGGGCGUAUUCAAUGAUUCCAAGGCAGAUCCCCUGUCGGCGCAUUUGUUCGCUCUGGAGGGUCAUGAGUGGCGCGUACUUCGUCAAAAACUUACACCGACGUUUACCUCUGGCCGCAUGAAGCAGAUGUUCGGUACCAUUCAGCAGGUGGCCGAAGAGUUUCUGAAGUAUAUGAACGACAACUGCCAUAAGGAAAUCGAAAUGAAGGAUGUGCUUGCUCGGUUCACCACCGACGUGAUCGGAACGUGCGCGUUCGGUAUCGAAUGUAACACUUUGCGCAACCCGGACUCGGACUUCCGGAAGUACGGAAACAAGGUGUUCGAGCAGGACAUGGUGACGAUGGCGAAGUUCAUUUUUGCUUCGAUGUUCAAGGAUGUCGCUAAGAAGAUCGGCGUGAAGAUAACGGAUAAGGGUGUGGAACGUUUCUUCCUUGAAGUCGUGCAGGAUACGGUGCAGUAUCGUGAGAAGAACAACGUACAGCGGAAUGAUUUUAUGAACCUGCUACUGCAGAUCAAGAACAAGGGAAAGUUGGAUGAAGUGACGGGUGGCAGCGUGGGCAAGGGUGAGGUCGGCAUGACCCAGAACGAGCUGGCGGCGCAAGUGUUCAUCUUCUUCCUGGCCGGCUUCGAGACAUCCUCCACCACGAUGAACUUCUGUUUGUACGAGUUGGCGAAGAACCCGGAAAUUCAGGAUCGCCUUCGAGAGGAAAUCGAUCGUGCUAUCGAGGAUAACGGAGGCGAGGUGACAUACGAUGUCGUUAUGGGCAUUCAGUAUCUGGACAACGUGAUCAAUGAGACCCUACGUAAAUAUCCACCUGUGGAGUCUUUAACCCGAGUUCCAAUGCGAGACUAUACCGUGCCGGGCACGAAAUACGUUAUCCCGAAGGACACCCUAGUACAAAUCCCAGUGUACGCGCUCCACCAUGAUGAAGAGUUCUACCCCGAACCGGAUCAGUUUAAUCCCGACCGUUUUCUACCGGAAGAAGUGAAAAAACGUCACCCGUACGUGUACCUUCCGUUCGGCGAAGGUCCGAGGAUUUGCAUCGGGCUGCGUUUCGGUGUAAUGCAAGCCAAACUCGGACUGAUUACUCUGCUGAGGAACUUCCGCUUCUCGCCUACCUCGCGAACACCCAGCAAAAUUAAAUUCGACGCGAACUCCUUCAUUCUGUCGCCUGACUCGGGCAACUAUCUGAAGGUUGAUAAGAUAGCGUAGUUCCGUUAUUAUUAUUUCAAAAUAGACCAUGAGUAUUAUCAGAAGGCGUAAUUAAUGAUUAUUGUUUGAUAAA